AUGGCACUUGGUCCUGACAGCCCAUUGGUCAGGGGAACAACCCAUAUUCUCUGCCUGUUCACAGGGCUGGAGGUGUCUGUCUCCGAUUUCCAGUGCUACCAGAACAAUGUGCAGCAUCACACAGAGGAGAUGAGUUUCCAGCGGCUCAUCGUGCGUCGGGGCCAGGCUUUCUCCAUCACACUGUACUUUAAGAACAGGGGAUUCCAGUUGGACAUGGACAAAAUCAUCUUCAUCACAGAGACUGGUCCAAAGCCUGACCUCUCCAUGGGCACCCGAGCCAUAUUCUCCAUAGAAGAACAAAACUUCAAGAGCCCUUGGAUUGCACUGAUCAAGUCCAAUGGGGCCAACUCCCUGGAGGUCAGUCUAUGUGCCCCGCCCAUGGCAGCGAUUGGUGAAUACCUUCUGAAAGUUCACAUUGAUCCCUUCCAAGGACCCGUCACAGCAUAUCACCUUGGGGAGUUCAUUGUUCUCUUCAAUCCUUGGUGUCCAGCUGAUGAAGUCUAUUUAGAGAAUGAGCCUCAGAGACAGGAAUACAUCAUGAAUGAUCAUGGCUUCAUCUACCAGGGUAACAAGAACUGGAUCCGUCCGUGUCCAUGGAACUACGGACAGUUUGAAGAAAAUAUCAUAGACAUUUGCCUGAAGCUCUUAGACAAGAGCUUGAAUUUUCAAGUUGAUCCAGUCAUGGACUGCGCCCUGCGGGGGAGCUCCGUGUAUAUCAGCAGAGUUGUCAGUGCCAUGAUCAACAGCAAUGAUGACAGUGGUGUACUCAAUGGGAAAUGGAGUGAGGGCUACGAUGAUGGAAUCAGCCCCUCUGAAUGGAAUGGUAGUGUGGCCAUCUUGAAGCAGUGGUAUGCCACAGGGGGCCAGCCUGUGAAAUACGGACAGUGCUGGGUCUUUGCAGCUGUGAUGUGCACAGUGAUGAGGUGCCUGGGGAUCCCCACUCGAGUCAUUACCAACUUUGAUUCAGGGCAUGAUACGGAUGGAAAUUUGAUUAUCGAUACAUAUUAUGACCACACUGGAAGGAUCCUGGAGAAUAAGAAGAAGGACAGUGUAUGGAAUUUCCAUGUGUGGAAUGAAUGCUGGAUGGCGAGAAGAGAUCUUCCCUCAAAAUACGGAGGUUGGCAGUUGCUAGAUGCCACUCCUCAAGAGACAAGCAAUGGUGUCUACUGCUGUGGUCCUGCCUCAGUCAGAGCCAUCAAGGAAGGGGAGGUGGAGUUGAAAUAUGACACAGCCUUUGCCUUCUCCAUGGUGAACUCCGACUGUGUGUCCUGGCUCGUCUAUGGUGGGAAGGAACAGAAACUUCACCAAGACACCAAUUUGGUUGGCAACUUUAUCAGUACGAAGAGCAUCCAGAGCGAUAAGAGGGAGGACAUUACUGCGAACUACAAGUACGAAGAAGGCUCAGCCCUGGAGCGAGAGGCGUUUCUGAAGGCUCUUCGGAACGUGCAGUCUAGAGAACAUCUGGAGAGUGACAGAGGACUUCCCCAUCCUGAAGAGCCCUCUCCAGUAACGGAGGAGGGAAACCCACACCUGACUUCUCCCUGCGGGCCAAAGGAUGUGAGCCUGAAAUUCAAGCUGGUUGAGCCUGCCUGCCUGGGCCUGGACAUACAAUUUGUUCUGCAAUCUUUCAACUUGGCUGUACAGUUGAAGGACCUUAAGGUGAACCUGAGUGCUCAGUCCUUGCUCCACAACGGCAGUCCCCUGCCCGUGUUCUGGCAAGACACAGCGUUCAUCGCUCUAUUGCCCAGUGAAGCAAAGAUGUACCCCUGCACAAUUCCCUAUUCCCAGUACAGCCGGUUUCUGUCACCAGACAAGCUGAUCCGGAUCAGUGCCCUGGGAGAAGAGAUGAACAGUUCAGAGAAGUUCCUGGUUGACAAGAUCAUCACCUUGGAACUUCCGAGCAUCGUGAUUAAUGUUCUGGAAAAACCCAUUGUGGGCCAGAUGCUUUCCAUACAAGUGAUGUUUGAAAACCCUCUCUUGGAGGAGGCAGGGGAUUGUGAACUGACUGUGGAAGGCAGCGGCCUGUUCAAGAAACAGAUGAGGAUCGUUGUUGGAAUGCUCAAGCCCCAAAGUAAGGCCAGCGUCACUAUUAAAACUGUCCCCUUCAAGAGUGGCCAGAGGCAGAUCCAAGCCAAUCUGAAGAGCAACAAAUUUAAGGAUAUCAAAGGAUACAAGAAUGUGAAUAUUGCCCCUGAAUUAUAA